AUGUCUUCUUUUCAAAGUUCCGAAACAGCUACGCUUCACCCGACAACUCCGUCUGGUUCUUGUACGGCCAUUUUGCCCAAGAGUUACCAGUCUACCAGCAAAUAUGUCACUCGUUCCUGCAGACUGCCCGAUUACUAUAGGAAUGCGGUUAAACAAGACGACACAUUAAUUUUAGAUCUGCGUCCUCUUUCGGAUUUUUCAAGAAGCCGCUUAAAAGGUUCCUGUAAUCUUACUCUUCCCGCCACCCUCAUAAAGCGUCCUGCCUUUAGCGGUUCGCGAAUUAUCAGCACUCUUCACUAUGCUGACGAAGCCUGCGAUCGUACCCAAAAUUGGAAAGAUCUUGCCUGUAUCUUUGUUUGUCUUCCUGCUUGGAUUUCAAGUCAUAUCGCAAUUGCCGAAAUUAUUGGCGAAAAACUCAAAAAGGAUGGCUUUUCAGGUUCGUUUGGCAUUUUGGAUCUCGACUACAACCGUCUUGCGAAUGCUUUUCCUGAUUUAAUUGAUAAAGUUCCCAUUACAAAUAAAAUGGGUAUUAACACCGGCAUGAAAUCAAAAUUAAGCUUUUCUGUUCCUCAAACCGCUCCUAUAUCUUUGUCAAGCGAGGGUGAUGAUUAUUUUUCCAGUAUACCUCGACCCAAAGAGAAAAAGAACAUGUCUUCAAUAAACAAGUUCUUUUGCCCCAUGCCUGAAAAGUCUCAAAUUAAUGCCCCUCUCCAAACGCCCUCUCUUCAUAGCAUUCCAGAUGCGUUCACGAACCCUAACGUCUCUAUUUUGUAUGAAAAAUUCUCCAAUUUGGAGUUUCGUGAGCAACAACGUUUGGCUUCUUGUGCAGAUAAGGAUUCCAAAUGGUGCACUGUCGAUUCCCUGUCGAAUUUUACCUAUAAAAAGAAUAGGUAUUCGGACAUUGUACCAUUUAACUUAACUCGCGUUCACUUAAAACACAAAGACUCCAAUCAAGGGAAGGAUUAUAUUAACGCUUCCUAUGUGAAUACAAAUACCGCAAAUUAUAUCGCUUGCCAAGCUUCUCUUGCUCUGUCUCUGGAAGAUUUUUGGGAAAUGACUUGGGACCAUUUCGAAGAUUUUGGAUCCGUCGUCAUGCUUGGCUCGUUUUAUGAAGCGGGUCGUGAAAUGUCUGUUCCUUAUUGGCCUCAGGAUGGUGUCCUUUCUCAGCAUACAUACGGCUUAUAUACAGUGACGCUUUUGGAAACAAAAAGGAUUAAUGCUAGCGGUUGUAUUUUAAGAAAGCUUGAUAUUAAACGGGAAGGUUCCACAGGCUCAAAAGAAAUAAACCAUUUUCAGUAUGAAAACUGGUCCGAUUGUAAUUCACCCGAAAGAAUUUCUUUGAUGAUUAAUUUUCUAAAAUUUGUUAAUUCGUAUGAUCGUACUGGUCCUUUGAUUGUACAUUGUUCUGCCGGUGUUGGUCGUACGGGAACGUUUAUAGUGUUGGAUACCCUUUUACGACUCCCUGAUGAAUCUUUAAGAAACUUUUCCCUCGGUACAGAAAUUUCAGAAGAUGUUGUAUUUCAACACAUUGAUUACAUACGAAAUCAGCGCAUGAAAAUGGUCCAAAGUUUUACCCAGUUUAAAUUUAUUUAUGACGUAAUUGAUCUCUUGAAGAGUAACAACACAAAUUUCCCAGUUUUAUCAAAACUGAAUUCAUAA